UCCGCAUACUUUCCAACGUAAUAUGUUUUCCCACUGCCAUUUAAAAAUCAUAGCACUUCAAUUGCUUUCACUGCACUUCAUGGAGAUAACUCUGCUUAUGGGUUAAUUGUAAAUCACAGAUAUAAGAUCAUGCCUACAACAGAUGAAAAUAAAGCAAAAAAAUCCACUAGCAAAGGGAUUAAAAAGAUAAGAACUGCAAGCUUCGUAAACAGUUUGACAAAAAGCUGGCAACAGUGGAGUUCAGACCAUUUAACAAAGCAAGCAAGUGAACCUACAGGAUGGAUACCCGACUCAGAGGAAAAAGACAAACCAGCUGCAAAAUGUGCAAAAAUUUCAAAAAGAACCAUAAAAGAGACAAGCCAGGAUAAACAGAUUUCAAAAACAACUGAAAAAGACACAAGCCAGGAUAAACUUCUGAAUGUGGUGUCAGUAGAUACACUGUCAAUACUUUCUCCACAAGCAGAAUCUGAGGGUGUUACAAAAGAUCUGGACAUGAAACCUUUGGAAGUGAAAAUAAAGAGCAUUGAGACAAGAAAAACUGCGGCCAGCAAACCACACAAAAAGGAGAAGCAGGAUAUUCUCCUCAGUGAGAAAUAUAAAGAAACGUUAAGUAGGGCAGACAAAAUGUUAUAUGGGAAGAAGUCUCCUACUAGAAGGAGGAAAUGCAGCAGUUUGGUAUCUGAACUAACCAAGAGCUGGAAGCAGGUCGAAAAGGAAAAUGAAGCACCUAAUAGUACUGGUCAAGAUUUUGGUCUGAUUAGCAUGGAAAGAGAUGAUGGCUUACUUAGAAAAGAGGAAAAUGAAAAUCAAGUAGAGAGUGGAAACUUUAGGAGAACAGAGGGCGCAGAAACAGUAAGGAUCAAAAGGCCUAGUUCAUCUAUGAAACCAAGGCCUGUGGAUGAGAUCAACAGUAUCAACAUGGCAUAUAAGAAAUAUAGUCCUGUGGAAAAUCUAAAGAGCAAGUGGCAAGGCUGGGCAGAUGAACACGUUAUAAAACAGAAGGUGAACCCAUUCAGUGAUGAAUUUGACCACGAUUAUGCAAUGAGCAUACGUCUCCAGAAAGGCGAUGAGGGUUAUGGACGUCCCAAAGAGGGCUCAAAGACUGCAGAAAGGGCCCAAAGAGCUGAGGCCCACAUUCAUCGAGAAAUGAGAGACUUGUGCUUUAUUAUAAGUACAAUGACAGACCCUGGACCUGAUGGAUUGAUUCAAGUUACCUUCCAAGAACUGUUUGACAGAUAUGUCCGCAUUUCUGACAAGGUUGUUGGAAUUCUCAUGAGAGCUAGGAAACAUGGACUUGUGUACUUUGAAGGGGAAAUGUUAUGGCAAGGCAGAGAUGAUGAUGUCAUUAUUACUCUGCUAGUAUAAAGAACAUAAACAGCAUUUCUUUAUUUGAAAGAAACAUCCUGGAAUUUAUUAUACUUGACCCACAUGGCUGUGUAUUUUUCACCCUUUCUAUUUUAUAUAAUAAUCAGAAUGCUGUUUUAUGAACCUUUUCCCAACAACAUUUGAGAAUGACAACUUCUUUCAUUUCUUGCUCCUCAGAUCUGUUAUCUGAGUCUUAAACUUAUGUUGGAGCCUUUUUAGUGUUUGUUUUUAUAUGUAGGUAACAGGAACUGUACAUUGCAUUCCACAUGUGACCUAACCAAACCAUGUAUGAAAACGAAAGUAUUUCUUAUCUACUUGCUAAUUAUAUGCUUCUGCCCAGUUGGUUCAGUAAUCUCUUACCAUGACAUUACAGUUACUCCCUUGUUUUAAACUAUUGUUCAUAACUACAAGUAAACACAUUUUCUUUACAAA